UUUAUGUCACCUGUAGACAGAAGUAAGGAAAAUGGAUUGAAAAUGCCAAACCUAUGCAAAUUUUGUGAUAUUAAAUUAACAACCUGCUCAAACCAACAUCAGUGCAAGAGCAACUGCAACAUCACUUCUAUCUGUGAGAAGAGUAGUGAAGUUUGUGUUGCAAUAUGGAGACAGAAUGAUGAAAAUGUGACAUUAGAAACAAUAUGCCAUGAUCCCCAGAAAACAUUGUACGGUCAUGUUUUGGAUGACUACGACUCAGAGCAGUGUUUGAUGAGGGAAAAGAAGGAAGAUGGGGGAUUGAUGUUCAUGUGUUCCUGUUCAGGUGAAGAAUGCAAUGAUAUGCUCAUUUUUACAUCAGAUGACCCUCAAAAGCCAGAGAAAGAUGAAAUUUCCAAAGUCACAAUCAUAAGUCUUGUCCCAUUACUGGUGAUUUCUGUUGCUGUGAUUGUUAUCUUUUACGCUUACCGCACUCAUAAGAAGAGGAAGCUCAACAAGGCAUGGGAGAAGAAUGUUAAGCCCAGGAAACAUAAGGACUGCAGUGAUGUUUGUGCCAUUAUGUUAGAUGAUGACCGCUCAGACAUCAGCUCUACCUGUGCCAACAACAUCAACCACAACACAGAGUUGCUGCCCAUUGAGUUGGACAUUGUUGUUGGCAAAGGAAGGUUUGCUGAAGUGUAUAAAGCCAAAUUGAAGCAAAACACAUCAGAACAGUAUGAAACUGUGGCAGUCAAGAUUUUCCCCUAUGAAGAAUAUGCCUCCUGGAAAACUGAGAAAGACAUUUUUUCAGAUGUAAACCUCAAGCACGAGAACAUCCUCCAGUUCUUGACAGCAGAGGAGCGUAAGACAGAUCUUGGUAAACAGUAUUGGUUGAUCACUGCCUUCCAUGCUAAAGGAAACUUGCAGGAAUACCUCACACGGCACAUUAUCAGCUGGGAGGACCUCUGGAAACUGGGUGGGUCUUUGGCCAGAGGGAUUGCCCAUCUGCAUAGUGACCACACACCCUGUGGUCGUCCCAAAACACCUAUUGUGCACAGAGACCUAAAGAGUUCCAACAUCCUGGUGAAAAAUGAUUUAACCUGCUGUCUCUGUGACUUUGGGUUAUCCCUGAGGCUGGACCCUUCUCUGUCUGUGGAUGACUUGGCUAACAGUGGGCAGGUUGGCACAGCAAGGUACAUGGCCCCUGAGGUUUUGGAGUCCAGGAUGAACCUGGAAAACAUGGAGUCCUUCAAACAAACAGAUGUGUACUCCAUGGCUUUGGUCCUCUGGGAAAUGACAUCUCGCUGUAAUGCUGUCGGAGAAGUGAAAGAGUAUGAGCCCCCAUUCGGCUCCAAAGUGCGAGAACACCCUUGCGUGGAAAGCAUGAAGGACAACGUCCUAAGAGACAGAGGGCGACCCGAGAUCCCCAGCUCCUGGCUUAACCAUCAG